UCACAGUGACGUCACAUUCCUGAGCCUGUGUUUGAACUAAACCCGGCUGAAGCUUUGAGUGAUAUUUUGGAAAAACAGUGAUUUCUUCACACAAAAUGGGUCCAGUCGAGCUUCUCCACAUGUCCGUGUUCUCCCAGAGUUUCUCUCCCUGCGGACGGUUUUUAGCAGCUGGUAAUAACUAUGGAGAGGUCGCCAUAUUCAGCCUGUCAGCUGCACUGAGUCCAGAUGCAACAGACAUGAGUCAGAAACCCAUUCUCACCUUCACUGCACAUGAAGGCCCCGUGUUCACGCUGCUGUCCACAGACACUCAUCUCCUAAGUGCGGGGAAUGGAGAGAUCAGCGCGUGGAGCUGGGUGGAGCUCACUAAGAGAAGCACCAAAGCUGUAUGGACAAGGAGGCCCAAUUACAAAACUAGUCUUGAAAUCCCAGAGAUCAAUGCGAUGAUUAUUAAUCCAAAAGACAACAGCUUGGUAGUUGGCGGGGGAGACAAUAACAUUCACAUCAUGGACAUGGAAACUGGGAUCUUUAAGUCAGUGCUGCAGGGCCACACAGACUACAUCCACUGUCUGGCGUUGAAGGAGAGAGAGGGAGAGAUUCUCUCAGGCGGGGAGGACGGAGCAGUGAGGAUUUGGGACUCUCGGACGAGCCAAGCAGUGCACUGCAUUGAAGUGUUUAAGUAUGAGGAAUGCGCCCGCCCCCAGUUCGGGAAGUGGAUCAGCUGCCUUGCGACAGACUCUGACUGGAUGCUCUGCGGCGGAGGCCCAUCCCUCUCUCUUUGGCACCUCCGCUCCAUGUCUCCUACCUCAGUAUUCCCUCUGACUGGCUGUCAGAGAGAGGCUGUGUUUUACCAGGACAUGAUCCUGGCAGUAGGUGAGGGUCCACAUGUAUCUCACUGCCUGCUUGGGGGCAGUGUGAAGGCUCAGAUCCCCUGCACCUCACCGUCACUCAACACACUCGCCCUGAACCUCAGCAGCUCUGAACACAGGGUGAUGACCGCAGCAGGCAGUAGUGACCAGAUUGACGUUUUCACCAACUUCUCCUACAGAGCCUUCUCUCUGUCUUUCUGAACAUCACAUACACGCUCGUAUUAGUAUACUUGUGAGGACCACACAAUGACCUAUAAGUUAGUAUUACUAGAACUUUCUAAUCAUAGCCCUAAUCCUAGCUUGGCCCUGACCUGAACUCUCACCAUAUGUUUAAUCCCAUAUGCAGAGACACAGAAAUGCCUUGGCUCUUUUAAAAAGUGAACUGAACAACAUGUUUUAAUCGGUUUAGUCUAUUUGUGGGGACGCACGAUCCACGCAAGUGUAGAAAUACAAGUGCAUAGACUUUCAUCCACAUUUCCUUUCACAGUUUGGGGGAAAGGAAUUAUCCAGCUGUAUAAGCUGGAUAAUGAAAGCAGAAACUUGAGGACUGUCCAUAGAAGUGUUUCUUUGCUCUUCUCUUAUUGGACAGGCUUGUUUUUUGGCCUAAGUUGUCAGGCUAACCAAAAAUCCUUCUUUGUGAAAUACCACCCAAAGGACUCUGGUUUGUUUGCAAAAUAUCUGCACAGACAGUGAAUCCACUCUCAGUUUAAAUGCAAUGUAAUGAUCUAUUUUUAUAAUAAAAUCAUUUGUCAUAUGUCA